CGUGCGGUCUGAUGUUAUUAGUCCCGGACGAUCACAAGUACCUUUUUCUUCUCUUCCUUUUGUGCCCUCACUUGUUUCCAUUGAGACCUCCUUGGACAUACUCGCUGGCUUGAAUCUAUAGCAGCGUCUUCUUCUUCCUCUUGAACCUCCUUCUCAUCCCUCGAUUCCCCCCGCAUUGAGUUUCCCGCCCCCACAAUUCUACCCCGGACCCAUCAAUACACACAAUGGCCCUGAGCUUCAGAACCACCCGUCACGCCUCUAGACUGGCCCAGGCCUCCCGGCCGCUGUUCUCGGUCCGACACUAUGCGACCGCCGAGCCUGACCUCAAGACCGCCCUGAAGGAAGUUAUCCCUGCCAAGCGCGAGCUCCUGCAGAAGGUCAAGGCUCAGGGCGACGAGGUCAUCGGCGAUGUCAAGAUCAGCAACGUCAUCGGUGGCAUGCGUGGCCUGAAGGCCAUGCUGUGGGAGGGAUCCGUCUUGGAUGCCGAUGAGGGUAUUCGCUUCCACGGCAAGACCAUCAAGGACUGCCAGAAAGAGCUGCCCAAGGGCACCUCCGGUACUGAGAUGCUGCCCGAGGCCAUGUUCUGGCUGCUCCUAACCGGCCAGGUCCCCUCCACCGCGCAGGUGCGCGCCUUUUCGCGCGAGCUGGCCGAAAAGUCCACUUUGCCCACCCACAUCCUGGACCUGAUCAAGUCCUUUCCCAAAAACAUGCACCCAAUGACCCAGCUGUCCAUUGCGGUUGCCGCGCUCAACACCGAGUCCAAGUUCGCCCAGGCCUACGAGAAGGGUCUGAACAAGGCCGAGUACUGGGAGCCUACCUUUGACGACUGCAUUUCGCUGUUGGCUAAGAUUCCUCGUGUCGCUGCCCUGGUCUUCCGCCCCAACGAGAUUGAUGCCGUGGGUACCCAGCAGCUGGAUUUGACCCAGGAUUGGUCGUACAACUUCGCCGAGCUGCUCGGCAAGGGCGGCGAGAAGAACCAGGACUUCCACGAUCUGCUGCGUCUGUACCUCGCUCUGCACGGUGACCACGAGGGCGGUAAUGUGUCGGCCCACGCUACCCACCUGGUUGGAAGCGCCCUCAGCGACCCCUUCCUGAGCUACAGUGCCGGUCUCCUGGGUCUCGCCGGCCCCCUGCACGGUCUGGCCGCUCAGGAGGUUCUCCGCUGGAUUCUCCAGAUGCAGGACAAGAUUGGAACCAAGUUCUCCGAUGAGGACGUCCGCACUUACCUCUGGGACACUCUCAAGUCCGGCCGUGUCGUCCCCGGCUACGGUCACGGUGUCCUCCGCAAGCCUGAUCCCCGCUUCGAGGCUCUGAUGGACUUUGCCGCUACCCGCCCCGAUGUCCUCGCCAAUCCCGUCUUCCAGCUUGUCAAGAAGAACUCGGAGAUUGCUCCCGGUGUUCUGACCGAGCACGGAAAGACCAAGAACCCCCACCCUAACGUCGACGCCGUCUCCGGUGUCCUCUUCCACCACUACGGCUUCCAGCAGCCCCUGUACUACACCGUCACUUUCGGUGUUAGCCGUGCCCUCGGACCCCUGGUCCAGCUUAUCUGGGACCGCGCCAUGGGUAUGCCCAUUGAGCGCCCCAAGAGCAUCAACCUCCUGGGUCUGCUGAAGAAAUAAGCUCUCGGUCGAUGUGGACCGAGUCCCCGUUGGCUGAUUGGCAGCCAGUGAUGAAAAUUAUGUUAGCGAGCUUGUUCGUGUUUUCUUUUUCCCUUAUCGUCUUGUUGUUUAGACUGCUAUAUUAUGUAUCUCACUAUUUUGGACAAACUUUUCGGGUCGGGCCUUGUUUCCUGGCUAUGAAUGAUUCAAUAGACUUCCAUUGUCAAUCGAAGCAAUUCAAAUU